UAUGAAUGGUAUAAAGACCGAGUUGAAGAUAGAGCUAAGAAUACCUGCCUUUGGUUUCUCAAGCAUGAUAACUUCCAAAAAUGGAUGAAUCAAGAGUCAGGCCCUCUACUCGUCACAGCAGAUCCCGGCUGCGGGAAAUCUGUCUUGGCCAAGUAUCUUAUUGAUCAUGAACUACCACAACCAGCAACCAUCUGUUACUUCUUCUUCAAAGACCAGGACCAGAACACUUCUCGACAAGCACUAUGCGCAUUGCUUCAUCAACUCUUCGCACAAAAGCCAGCUUUGAUUAAACAUGCUAUGCCGCAGUUUAAUAAGGAUGGACAAGCACUAUCCAAGUCUACCGCGUCACUUUGGGAAAUUUUACGAGAUGCAACAAAGGAUCCUGAGGCAGGGCCUGUAAUUAUAGUUCUUGAUGCACUGGAUGAGUGUGCAGAGUCUGAAUUCGAGAACUUGAUACGAAACGUUAAAGGCCAACUUCGCCAUGGCCAUAUUGGCAGCAAGUUAAAAUAUCUGUUAACAUGCCGUCCUUACGAGCAAAUUACAUUGCAAUUUCACAGCUUAUUACACUCAUUUCCGGAUAUUCGUAUACCUGGAGAAGAAGAGUCGGAAGCAAUCAGCCAAGAAAUUAACCAUGUCAUUACAUAUCGGAUCAAUCAGCUCUCGGUACAACAGAAGCUUACCCCAGAAAUUACAAGUAACUUAAAUACAAAGUUGCGAAGCAUUCCUCACAGAACCUAUCUCUGGGUAUACCUUAUUUUCAAGCACCUAGAAGAGGGUAUCUACAAAAAAACUAAAAAGGGGAUCGAGUCUACUAUAGAUACGCUUCCCGGCAGUAUUAGCGAGGCAUACGAACGUAUCCUCAAUAAGUCCAAGGAACGUCAGGCGGUGGAAAAAGCUCUGAGCAUUGUUUUGGCCGCCCACAGACCGCUAACCGUCGCGGAAAUGAAUGUUGCCACAAGUCUAGUCAAAACAUCACAAAAUACCUACGACCUUGAUAUGGAGGACACAGAAUCCUUCAAGUUACGAAUCAGAUCCCUAUGUGGCUUAUUCAUCUCAAUACAUCAUGAUAGGGUCUAUUUUCUUCAUCAGACUGCAAGAGAGUUUCUCCUCUCAGAAACGGCGUCGCCUGCUAUUAGCCUGCCAUUGUCGAGCUGGCAGCGCUCUAUUUCUCUUCGCCGAGCACACGCUACUCUGGCGGAGCUCUGUGUCAUAUAUCUUGACUUAUUCAAUUCUAAUUACAAGUUUAUGAGAGAAAUAGAAGAGAUUCGCUUGAGACAUAAGAACUUUCUAGACUUUUUGGACUACGCGGCUAAGAAUUGGAUCGAGCAUUUCCGCGAAGCGCACAUUGAUGAUGACGCUGCUAUUGUACCCUCCACUAUGCGAAUUUGUGACCCAGAUUCAAAAAUUCGCUCAUUGUGCUAUAAAAUCGCGCAGGGGGGCACAAAUUUAAGAUCUCCGGGCAAGGACACUACUGAGCUUAUAUGGGCAUCGUACUUUGGGCUCACCGCUGUUGCUAAGCUGUGCCUUGAAAAAGGAUCCAAUAUCGAGGCAAAGGGUAUAUACGGUGAGACGCCGUUAUCUUUGGCGGCGAGCAGAGAUUAUGCAGAUAUUGUAAAGAUGCUGCUUGAGAAAGGAGCUGAUAUUGAGGCAACGAAUAAACGCGGUGAGACGCCGCUGUGGGGGGCAGCCGCAAAUGGUCAUGCAGAUAUAGUAAAGAUGCUGCUGGAUAAUGGAGCUGAUAUUGAGGCAGCGGAUAAAUACCGCCAGACGUCGCUGUAUUGGGCAGCUUUAGAAGGUCAUGCAGAUAUUGUAAAGUUGCUGCUGGAGAAAGGAGCUGAUAUUGAGGCAACGGAUGAAAACGGUGAGACGCCGCUGUGGGGGGCAGCUGCAUAUGGUUUUACAGAUAUUGUAAAGUUGCUGCUGGAGAAUGGAGCUGAUAUUGAGGCAACGGAUAAUAAAGGUAGGACGCCGCUUUGUCGGGCAGCUGCAAAUCGCAAUGCAGAUAUUGUAAAGAUGCUGCGUGAAAGAGAGGCAGAGCUUGAAGCAGAGCGCAGACAUAGCGGCUAA